UCUCCUAAUCUCUUCAAUUUGGUAGGAUGAAUAUAUGGUCAUAUUUUCUUCCUUUUUCCCUCCUCUCCCCCUGUUAAAUGAAACUCGGGAACAUGGUUUUUCAUAUUUUCAUCUCUUUUCCCUCCCCUCCCCCUGUUAAAUGAGUCUCGGGAACAAUUCGACCCUGUUCGUUAAAGUUCAAACAACAGUCAAGAAGUCAAACCCCAGUUCUGCUAACAAUGGCGGAAAAUGACGUGACUAGAAAAAGGGAGAAGAUGGUAUGGAAAAUCAAGAGAGUGAAAAAACCGGCCCGAGUGGGGAUUACACUUGUGAUACUGAAUGUUGAUACCAGUUGUCGGGUUAGGGAUAGAUUCUGCAAUAGUUUGAUUCAACAAAGGCAUCAUUUGGUGGUUAGGGAGCUCGGUGGAGAAAUCGAUUUAGAAAUCGGGCCGGGGGACGAUGACCCGACAUUUGCGCACACUCCUUUGAUUACCGUUCCGCCACAAGAAUCUUCAGCCGAUGAUCACGAUGAAAACAAGAAUAUGGCAGCUGUUUCACAACUCCCAAAUGAUGAUCAAGAAUUGUUAAAGUCAAUUCCAGUCAAACGAAAGAAAAAAGUGGUGAAAAGAUGGCGGGAAGAAUGGGCUGAUACGUACAAAUGGGCGUAUAUGGAUAUGAAAGAAGGUACAUUCUAUUGCUCGAUCACAAGAAACAACUAUUAUACCUGAAUAAACAGGGGGAGAACUAGAAGUGAUGAGAGAGAGAGGAGAGAGAGAGAGAGAGAGGAGGGAGAGUUUUUAUAUUUCUUUUUUUAUUUUUUAGUGCUUUACAAAUAGUCCCUGAAUAAUAAUUCAUUGCAAAAUAGCCCCUAAACGAUAAAAUGACAAAGAUGCCCUCAUGUACAAGUCACAUGACCAUACUUAACCAAAAAAUCUGACUGAGUUAGG